GCCGGUGCAUAGACGCGUAUUCAAGUGAAUUAAAUAAACAUCAAGCAUAGGUAUAAAAUUUAUGAAAAAAAAUAUUAUUGUUGCUGAUAUUAUAAGUUUACGCAAGAAAUUGUUGUAAACGUUGUAAAUACAGUAAAACGAGUUUUAUAAUUGAAAGAGACCAGUGAAAUACUUAAACAAUAAGUAUAAAAAAAAAACAAUCCUAAAAUGGUAUGUUUUACCUGCAAUCACUGUGGUGAUUCGCUGCAAAAGCCAAAAGUAGCUAAGCAUUAUCAGUUUGCAUGUCGCUCCGCUCCAUUUCUUACAUGUGUUGAUUGUCACAAAGAUUUUAGAGGAGAUGAGUACGUAGCACACACAAAAUGCAUCUCAGAAAGCGAACGCUAUGGUGGAAACACGUAUGUUGCUAAGCCAAACGCCAACAAAGGAGAAAAGAAGCAGCAAGCCUGGAUAGAUAUUGUUCAAAAUACACUUGCAAACUCCAAGAACUUGACUGCACCUGAAAGGAAUUUAUUAAACUCCAUUUCAAAGCAUGAAAACAUACCAAGAAAAAAACAAAAGUUUUAUAACUUCAUUAAAAAUUUGUCCAACAACAAAGCAAACACGGCUGUUGUAGAAAGCGUCUGGGAAAAAAUGGAGAAAGCCUUCAAGGAUGCUAGUAGUAAUAAUUCAAACAGUAAGUCUACAAAAUUAAACUUUUUUUUUUUAGUAUUGUUUGAAGAUUGUUAUCAUAAGUAUAUUAUUAUUCUAGAAAACGGAAAUAUGGAAGAAAAACAAAAGAACGGUGUUCCUAAUGCAAGUGAAGAAAACGAAACUAAGGAAAAUGGAGAGAAAGAAAGUAAAAAGAAAAAAAAGUCGAAAAAGAGACAAGCAGAAGCAGACGAGAAUGACAACGAUCAACCAGCUAACAAGAAAAAAGCUGAAAAUAUAAACGGAAAUCAAGAAGAAGAAAACAACGAAUCUACCGCAAACGGUGUUGACCUGUUUAGCUGGAAGAGCAAAAUUUUGGAGAUUGUCUCGGCAAAAGGCGAAAUAUCGUUAAAGAAACUGCGAAAAAGGGUAUUGGCCCAGUACUUCGCGAACUUCCCAGAUGAAAAUGCAGAAAAAGCUACCUCAAAGUUCGAUAAGAAACUCAAAAAAGUGUCUGGUAUUGCGAUCGAAGAUGAAAAAGUGAAAUUAUCAUCUUAAAAGUUUUUUGUGUUUGCUGAUGAGCAAGUCUUCAAUACUUGUA